AGAACCGUUCAGUCAAUACAAAGUGUGGGUAAAGGCUUAUACGAUGAAGACUGAGGGCGAGUCGAGCAAAACGCUUGAGUUCCGUACGGACGUGACGGGUCCGAGCGCUCCCCUCAUUGUGAACCUGACGUGCGAGUCGGCCACCGAUGCCCUACACGUCUAUUGGGAGCGGCCGUCAGUUUUCUACAACUCUAUCGACUAUUUCUUCAUUUAUUAUCGAUCGGAACACAAGAGCGACAGCGAGUUCGAGGAGGUGGCCGUCCCGGGAGGCGGUGUUAACUCACGAUACGAGCAUUACGCGUUCAUAACGAAUCUGACAAAAGGCACGUUGUACGAGGUGAAAGUGCAGGGUGCCACCAGGAGCAUCACGGAACAGGCCAAACUAUACCGGGGCGAGUUCAGUGAGCCCCGUAAGGUCAUCCUCCAGAGUAAGUGCAUCAGUUUUGUGUCCUCGCCUUAUGUCGAGCCGACACUCCCGGCGUCGAUGAUAGCGGGCGUCGUUUGCGCGUCGUUUGCCUUAAUUCUGGCCGUUUUGUCGUUCGUGUUGUGGCGGAAGUACUUCCAGGCGGCCUAUUACUACCUCGACGACCCGCCCUCUGCCACUCGCGGCGGUUCACCACAACUGUCCGAAGUGUUUGACGACUCGGAGUACACGUCGGUUCCGGUGAACCAAUGGUCGAAACACGUGCAGGACUUGCACUCCGACGGAGAUCUGGGCUUUUCGCGCGAAUACGAGGCCAUACAACACGCCACCGAUUUGGACCUCUCGUGCCAACACUCGCAGCUCCUCGAGAACAAGAAUAAGAACCGAUACGUGAAUAUUGUGGCCUACGAUCACACGAGAGUUGUACUCAAACCACUCAGCACUCAGAAGAAGAAUGGCAUCGACUAUAUUAACGCCAAUUAUAUCGAUGGUUACGGCAAAUCUCAGGCAUAUAUCGGAACUCAAGGCCCGCUUCCCUCGACUUUCGAUGAUUACUGGCGUAUGAUUUGGGAGCAGAGGGUCUGCAUUAUAGUUAUGAUCACUAAUCUAAUGGAAAGAGGAAGAGUAACUAUAGCUUUUGCUUAUCUUUUACUUAACUUAUACGUGAAUAUUGUGGCCUACGAUCACACGAGAGUUGUACUCAAACCACUCAGCACUCAGAAGAAGAAUGGCAUCGACUAUAUUAACGCCAAUUAUAUCGAUGGUUACGGAAAAUCUCAGGCAUAUAUCGGAACUCAAGGCCCGCUUCCCUCGACUUUCGAUGAUUACUGGCGUAUGAUUUGGGAGCAGAGAGUUUGCAUUAUAGUUAUGAUCACUAAUCUAAUGGAAAGAGGAAGACAUGCAUCGCACACCUUAUCUCAUACUUAUCAUUCAGAACUGGACGACUCUCGCAAGUGUGACAUGUAUUGGCCGAAGGAAGGCAUGGAAACGUAUGGCAUUAUUAACGUGAAGCUAUUGCAAGAGGUAGUGAUGGCCACAUAUACUCUCAGAACAUUCAACGUUCGCAACCUUAAAGUCAAAAAGAAGCACGGAUCUGAACGCACAGUCUAUCAGUACCACUACACCAAUUGGCCCGAUCACGGGGUGCCCGACCAUCCCCUACCGGUGCUGUCGUUUGUGCGCAAGUCUUCGGCGGCCAAUCCCCCGAACGGCGGCCCAAUUAUAGUUCACUGCUCGGCGGGCGUCGGCCGCACCGGCACUUACAUCGUGUUGGACGCCAUGCAGAGGCAGAUAAAGCACAGGCAGUCCAUCAAUAUCUUCGGUUUCUUGAAACACAUCCGACAGCAGAGAAACUAUUUGGUGCAGACGGAGGAGCAGUACAUCUUCACUCACGAUGCCAUCCAAGAGGCCAUCGAAUCGGGCGAUACGGAAGUGCCGUCGAGUCAUCUCUUGAAAUAUAUUCAAACACUUCAGACCGGAGGCGACGGCGGAAGUAAUGUCAGCUAUGAUAAGAGCCAUCACUGGCCACUACUCGAGCGACAGUUUCGUCUCGUCACUCAAUUCAAGGCGAAAGAUUUCAAUGUUGUCUCAGCGCUGAAACCGUGCAAUAAAAUGAAGAACCGAUCGCUGAAUCUGAUUCCACUGGAAGCACAUCGCGUUCACAUAAUACCCAAAACUCCGGGAACCGAUGGCUCGGAUUACAUAAACGCAACAUUCCUCCCCGGUUUCAAUCGGCUCCGGGAGUUCAUUAUAACGCAACACCCGGUUUGGGACACAAUCUCCGAUUUCUGGCAAAUGGUUUGGGAUCACAACUCGCAGACAAUUGUGGUGUUGUCGUCGGUGAUCGACGAGAAGGAGUUCCCGCAGUUCUGGCCGGACAGGGAUGACGAGAGCGAUUACGGCUCAUUCAAAGUGAAACUGACGGAUGAGUCGCGGAUAGUACAAGAGGGCGGAGGUUUCAUCACAACCCGAGACUUCAUGUUGCAGUCAACGCAAGACGAUUACGAGCUUUGCUGUCGUGUAGUCCACUGUUCCGAUUGGCCCGAACGACAGCCACUGACCAAUGUGUUUGAUUUGGUCAAAGUUGUCCAGGACUGGUACGUCGAGAUGCCCAAUGGACCAGUCAUUGUGAUGGACAAGUUUGGAGGGACAGAGUCGGCCACGUUUUGCUGUCUGACCACUCUUUACAAACAACUCAAUUUCGAGGAUUGUGUGGACGUCUAUAUGUUCGCCAAACUCUAUCACUUGCGACGGCCGGGCAUUUGGCGAUCGCAGGACGACUUCCUGUUCCUAUACCGAGCGUUAGAGUCGUUGGUCUCCAACAUAACCGACGAGAGUAACAGUCCGUACGGAAGUCAACUCACGGUAACGAAUGGCCACUCGAACGGACACGCCAUCAAAAUAGGGCUCACAGGAGAGCAGCAAACACUGAAAGUCGAUUCGUUAGCUUAAAUGAAAUGAAAUUAAAUGAAACAAAUAGUAGAGUAACUAAUUAGGAGUUCACUAUAAGCGGUGAUUAUUGGAUAUUAUUGUUGGCAUAACUUAUUGGAAAGAUUUACUGAACAAAAAAUAAUGAUAAUUAUAUGAAUAAUAAUUGAAAAUAAUUCGUGAUUUGUUAUAAGGAAUUUACAGUUAAUUUUUUUCAUUACCAGAAUUAUUGAUACAAAAAAUAAUUGCUCAUCAAUUGUCUCAUUGAAACAUUUUUUUGUGG